AUGGAGUCAUUCAUGCGGACUGGGACCAUGCCCCAGCUCGAGAGUGAUGAAACAUUGCGUUGCAUCAAGUGCCAUAAUGUUUUUGGAUGGGAGGAGUUCAUAUCAGUGGUCGGCUACCGUCUAUGCAAGAUGUGUAGUGUGUGUCGCAAGAUCCACCGUGAGGAUUUGAUUUGGAAGCGUGGGAGGAGGGACAGGGCUCAGCGCGCACUUCUGGGGGUGGAGAACCUUGAACAGUGGAAAAGGGAGAAUCCAGAGCAGUGGAAGCUUGAAAAUCCCGAGCUGUGGAGGCUGGAAAACCCAAGGCUUUAUGAGGCAGAGAAACGCGAAUGGAAGGACAAGGAGAAUCGUCUACGAUGGGAAAGGGAGAACCGCCUGCGAUGGGAGGCUGAGAAUCCCGGAGGAAGGGCGAGGCGCCUACAAUGGAAGGUGGAGAACGCCGGAGAAAGGCAGCGGGAGAAUCACCAACGGAGGAUGAAGGAGAUUCGUGAGCUGUUCGAGAGGGAAAGCCAUGGACGGUUGAAGGGGGAGGAAUCUAAGCCGAAGAUUCUCCUUUCUUUCGUUCCCAAGAACCAACGUCAUUCUCUGGUAUCCGAACGCAAGUACCCAUCCCCUCUUAAUUAA